GGCAGCCGUCACACUUGGAUGUGUAUUUGUAAAAGGAGUGAUGUGGCUUAACGAACUGCGAGAAAAAUCAUGAAAAAGUUAAGUUUUGCUAGUUUUGUACAUAGUUUCUGUUUAAUUUUAGUGUUAAUAGUUGCCGAAAGCCGUGCAAAAGUAUGCGGUGAUCCGGAAUGUAAAACUCCAAUUGCCAAGGCAUAUGCUACGAUGAAUUACUUCGGUGGCGGCGCUCAUAAAGUUGGCCUCAGUAAAAACGAUAAGGUGGAAAUUUUAGGACGAGAUAUCGGCAAGGACAAGGAGCUACUAGUCCGGAAGGCAGAUGGCAAACAAGGCCUAGUUAGUCGCACUUUUGUGCAAGAAAUAAAAAUUCUUGUGAAGAAGGAUGAUUUAAUAACAAUUCCCGAAGAAGUUCCGUCAUCAAUCAAUCCUUCGAAAACUGCCGACUCAAAUGUAGUAGAAGGAACUACUCUCACUGGAGCGGAUAUUUUGGAACAUUCAAAAGUUGAAGAACCAUUAUUACCCGCGAAGGAGACGACUCCUGUUCUAGAGACUGUUCCUUCAGGGCAUGCUACCUCACAGCCGUCGAACAGUCUUCCAACAAAUGCAAAUAAUGCGAAUAGCAUUGACCCAAUAGAAGUAAAAUCAAAUGAGACGGAUGUUGAAGAUAACGUGGAAGACUCUCAGUUAGAAGAUGAAGAAACGGAGGACGAAGAUGAAGACGAUGACGAUGAAGAUGAGGAAUCGGACACUGUUGAGCAGGAAGAGGACACAAUAGUUGAAAAUAAGGGUAAUUUAGAAAUUUUGAAUAAGACAGAAGAAGCGUUUGUUAAAGUAGAAGAGAACAUAGUUGUUUCUACAGAGCAACCUACUGCAAGUGAAAACUCCAUUGUCAAUGAAGAUGAACCAGCGGUUUUGAAACCGUCGGAUACGACUACACCAAUGGCUGCAGUGGAAGCAACUACUCCGAUGCCUGCGGCUGAAGUAACUACUUCUGCCCCUGUAGUUGAAAUAACUACUCUUACGCCUGCAGUUGAUGCAUAUCAAAAAAACAGUGCCGUAUCUGUUGAAGAGGUAAUAGCAACAACAGAAGCGACAGUGACAGAUGCAGAUGUCGUUUCUAAUGAUACCGAAAAUGAAGCUUCCGAUAAGAGCGACUCAUUGUCUGAGACAUCGAAUCAAACAGUAGUUGAACAACCCCAGGCUGAAAUCCAAUCUGAUCGAGCGGAAAACGAAGAUACAGUGAUCAAUUCGACGACGGAUCCUCGAUUGGAAAUUCCUGUAACAGAAGAAACGGAAAUAGUCACGGAAAUGCCGAUUCUUGUCAAUACAGAUCAAAACAUAGAACAACCUCCACCGCAGGUAGCAGACUUACCGAAACAACCUCACCAACUUCUGCGUGGAGGUCUUGGUAAUCUGCUUGCUCAUUCGCAUCAUCAUCAUCACCACCACCAUCAUGGUCAUGGUCAUGACCACGAUCAUCACCACCAUGAGCACCACGGCGUUGAUAAUGGUAACCAGGAACAAGUGGAAAUAUCCGAAAAGCCAUUUAUUGGGGGCUUUGGUGAUAAGCCGCUAGAUCGCGAAACCGGGAUUCUUGGAGAGAAUCUAGAAGAAACUUCAGAUUCGCUGCAGAAUAAAGAUGGCGAAAACGGGUAUUGUGAUCAGCUGUCUUGCCCUCAGCCAGCGGAACCGGUGUCCCAUCAGCAACAUGCUAAUGGAUUCUAUCACCCUACUGUAAGCAUUCCUUCGACCAGAACUCAAGAGGAACGACCGCCCACGGAAGAAGAGGCAUCGAUUUCUGCAGCGCCUAAGAAUGACUCAGUUGAAAAAGAGGAAGAUUUGGAAUUCACGAAAAUGCUCAUCAUCGAACUGUUCAAAAUGAGUGAUUUGAUUUUGCUGUUGGGAAUUACAUCCUUCACCCUGAUAGUGUUUUCCCUAGGACACUUUUUGAUUAAUAAAAAUCGGAAGGAGAAACCGCUUAUAUAUAAGCUUAAUAUGAUUGAGCGCGAUCUGAUGGCCUCCCAUAAGGAAAAUGCAAUGCUGAAAAGUGACCUGUCGGAAACCAGACAUAAACUAACCAGUAUCGAAAAUAGCUCAUUCGGUUCAAAUGAUAUGGUGAUUGCACUUCGACAAGAACUAAAAGAUGCUGAAGACACAAAGCUCGAGUUGCAGGAACAGAUAGCGUCGUUGGAGAAGGAAUUGGAAAAUGCUGCUGAAGCCGGACUGGAGCUCAAUAAGAUGGUCGCCGAGUUGUUGAAUCAGAGUGGGAGCGAUUCGAUUGCACUGACAGUCGAUGAACUACAGCGUCAGUUGAACGAGCAACAGCAGACGAUUCUUUCGAUGAACACUUCCCUCGCUGAUAAAAGUCGGGAAAACAGCGAACUUCAGGUCACUUUGGCCGGUCAAUCGGCGAAAUUUACUCAAGAAUUAGAAGAGCUGCAGCAGUCGUUUAACGAUUUAAAACUGGAGAAAAGCAAUUUAGAAAUAGGAUUGAAUAAUUUGAAAAGCGGUCAAAACUCUGAGUUGGAUGCUCUUAGGCGGGAAACGAAUGCCGAGAUUGCUAAGCUGAAUAAGGAGGUGAAGGUGUUUCAAUCUAAAUGGGAGGAGAGUAAAAAAUCACUGGGGUCAGCAGAGGCAAAGGUAGAUGCCUUAGAGGAAUGUUUAAAGGAUAUCAAGCGGGGAAGCACCAAUGGAACUGUUGAUGGAUUGUUUGAUUCAGUGGAACUAAAAGCACAGGUUGCCGUCUUGAGGAAGGAAAGGGCGGAUCUACAAGAACGACUCCAGGGCGAAACGGUGGCGCGUCAAUUGUUAGAUGACCAUGUCAAAAUUAUCAAUGAGGAAAUUUCAACACUAAAGAAAGAUUUCGGCCAAGCCGAAAAAGAUAAAUUGGAAGCAGAGACACGACUGGAAGUGCUCUCGUCUUAUUUCAAGGAUAAGGAGACUCAACUGCAGAAGGAGCUGAGCAUUAAAGAAGCUAUGUGGAUGCAGCAACAGGGCGAAACUACCAGUACUGUUGAGAGAAUUAGGCUAAUGCAGGAUGAAAUUCAACAGUUGAACACAGUUCAUUCGCUCGUUGAGCAGUACGAAGCACGGUCACAAAACGAUAAACUUCGCGCUGAAAUUGAGGCUCAAGCCACAGCCCACAAAGCACAGUAUACAGCGUUAGAAACAAGAUCUCAUGAUGCAUGGCUUGCCGCGCGACAGGCGGAACGACGUCUCGAGGAAGCUCGUAAUGAAUCUAGUGCAUUACGAAGAAAGCUAACCGCCCUCGGUGACGCAUCCGUAAUCAACACGACGACUGAUGGUCUAAUACCAAAUCCAGUCCCUCCGGCAGAACUAAAUCUUACAGCUGCUUCGCCGAUCCGAGUGGAAUCCCCAAAUGCACCCAUGAUGGGUCUUCCACCUCCACCAUUUAUGCCGCCUUUUGGACCCCCUUUCAUGCCACCCUUUAUGCCACCACCUGGCCCGGGAGAGCUUCGCCCCGCUCCUUUGGGACGGCUCACAUCCCCACCGCCGAAUCGGUACAGCCCAAAUGUAAUCGACAGCCGCGACCGGUAUAGCCCAGAUCGUGGCCGAUAUUCACCGGACAGUCGGUACGACUACUCUGUGAUGUCCAAUUACGAAACGGAAACCGAUUUCAGUCCACCUCCUUCACCACCAACGUACAUGCGACGCUCGAGUUAUGAGCGUGAUCGAGAUGCUUGGUCAAAUCGCGAACGGGAACGGGAUCGAGAGCGAGAAAGAGGGCGAGACCGGGAUCGGGACCACGACCUACCCGAUCGUGAGCGAGACCUCAGAGAACGCGAUGGUCGCACCAGUGGCAGCGGAGGAGCUGGCGGAAAGUACCAGAAAGCAUUCUCACCGCCUGGGAUGAGGACAACCUCCCCGCCAAUUCAGGACCCUAGGAACAAAAAAUACCAAGAUGUGAAAAACUUCUGGCUGUCAAAGGAGGGGUAAACCGCGAAUUCAAAAGCGGGUACGCGUAACGCGUAGCCAGUGCCUAUUGUAUGUACAUAUGAUUUAAAAAUUCUAUUCAUCUGUUUUUGUUUUGUGUAACCAUUACUUCACAUGAGAAUAGUAUUAAUGUAGCAUUGGUAUUAAAUGUGAUCAUUUCCUAUGUAUUUCUGCGGUUCUUUUUCCGAUCUGCGGUUACUCCCAACUUGGUUACCGGUUUCGGUGUUUUCUUGUGCCAAUCCUCCUAGGCGGUUUCAGUUCCGGCUCACAGGACUCGGUAGCAACGCGGAAGGGCGGCAAACAGUUUAAAAACCCAAACAGUAAACCUUCAUCGUAAAUGUUAUACUAAUUGUAGCUUUAGUAUUUUAUCGUUCGAUUGUGAAAGGCCACCGUUUUUUUGUCAAAUACAAUAUUAGUGCAAUUUAAUCGAAUAAAAGAAAUAAUUUUUGAACUCAGUUAAUUGCAAAGUAGCAUUUCUGAAACCUCUGCAAUUAGUUUACUAGUGAACAGGUGGUUGUUCUGAGUCGACAUGAAUUUAUUUACAUGGGAAGUCUGUACAAAAGUAGAACAUUGCUUCUGGUGUUUAUUGGCAUACCGUAUAUAAUUGGUAACGCUACAUAUUAUGUGACAAAUUCUGUUUUCAAAUAUAAACGAACUAUUUAAA